AGAGAGAAGGAGCGGGAGAGAUAGGGAUGCUACCGCUUGCAACAGGCAGCCGCCGCAGCCUGGCUGAGUAACACGUCCCCUGGAGACUAGCAGGAGCAACACGUGAUGUGUCUACUUAGGGGAGAAGAGGAGGAAGCGAACUUAUUGUGGAGUUGAUGAACUUUGCACAUCUAUAGAAACGCCAUUUUGAAUUUGAUUCUUUUUUUCCCCCACCCCCCCUUCUCCCUCCGGAACAAACUUUCCUUUCCUUCAGUAUUUUGCGUCUUUUUCUGCUUCCCACCAUCUCUUCGCCCCACGGCACUGUCCUCGUAAAAUUAUUAUUGUUAUUUGAAAAGAAACAAAACCAGAUCGCCCAUCAUCAGUCCAGCAGCUUUCCAUCAUGGCUCGACCCAAGCAGUCCAGCCCGGAGCAAGUCAAACAUAUAAAGUGCAUUUCCGAAGAUCAGCCUGAAGCUUAGAAAGGGGUGUUUUUAUACUGGUCCUCCAUCUGUGCUGACACAGGAGUGACUCUUCUGGCCAUCACCUGUCAUCAGGGCCUCAUUUGCACCAGGAUCUUGGAAGAAAGAGGAAAUUCACAAUUGUAAAGGAGUCUCUUAAAACUGGCAGCAUCCUGCACUGUAGAAGGAAACAGAACAUGGCAUUUUCCUUUUUAUUAUUUAUGGAGAAAAAUACCAUGUUUGCAACGUAAGCAAAGGACAAGAUUGCUGGGGCAGUUCUAAAUACACUUACCUGGAAGGUUGAUAGGUGCUGCUGCUGAGGUAAAGGCUUUAGGUCUGGAUAGUGCUGGACUUCUCAUACUAAUACAACCAAGUAGCACAAGGAGGUGGGAAUCUGGAUGGACAGUGUCAAGGAAGGAAAAUGAAGAGGAUGAACUCGGAAGCAUAAAGCUUAAAGUCGAAGGACAGCAGCAUCAGGCUUCCUGAACUGUUCUGAAGGUGUUGAUUUGCCCCCUUGUUGAUAUAAUGAUGGCCACUGCUGUAAGCUUGGGGAAGAUCGCAGAAAAUGGUCCUGCAGCACCGCAAAACAUCAAAUCCCCAUCAAAACCUAUUGCUCCUAAUCGGAUUGGCAGGAGAAACCAGGAAACAAAAGAUGACAAGUCUUCCUAUAUCUGCCCUCUGUGUGAAAAGAUUUGCACUACUCAACAUCAGCUGACUAUGCAUAUUCGUCAGCACAACACUGACACAGGAGGGACAGACCAUUCCUGCAGCAUCUGUGGAAAGUCUCUGAGCUCUGCAAGCUCCCUCGAUCGCCACAUGCUGGUGCAUUCUGGUGAAAGGCCUUAUAAAUGUUCGGUAUGCGAUCAAUCCUUCACCACCAAUGGAAACAUGCACAGACACAUGAAAAUCCACGAGAAGGACCCAAACAGCACUAUAAGUACAACACCUGCCUCCCCUCUGAAACGCAGGAGAUUUCCCAGCAAACGAAAGCUAAGUCAAGAAGCUGAGGCAGACAAAGAGGAACAGAGUCCAGCAAAAAAGGUUGUGGAGGAACUGCAAACUGGUGAUGCUGAGAAGAAAACUGAGGAGGCUUAUCGUUGUCCAGUGUGUUUCAAGGAAUUUUCUUGCAAGUAUGGGCUGGAAACCCACAUGGAAGCACAUCCCGAUACCUCACUGAGGUGUGACAUCUGUUGUAUUACCUUCCGCACACACCGGGGUUUGUUGCGGCAUAAUGCUGGCAUCCAUAAACUACUUCCAAAAGACCCAACAGGAAAGCCUUUUAUUCAGAACAACCCUUCAAUUCCAGCAGGCUUCCAUGAUUUGGGAUUCACAGACUUUUCCUGUAGGAAAUUUCCCCGCAUUUCUCAGGUCUGGUGUGAAACAAACCUGCGGCGAUGCAUCAGCGAGUAUCAUCGGUAUGUCUGCGAGGUGUGCAACAAGGCCUUUCCCAUGCUCUCAGCUCUCAAGCUGCAUGCGGAGACCCAUGUGACAGAUCAGGGAAAAGAAAAGCACAAACUGCAGCCAGAGGAUGCAGACCUGAAAGCUUACAUGGCAUCCUUGGGGCUGCAGCACACCAAAGAAGUUGAGCUUGUCAAGCAGGAGGAGCUUGUGCCAGAGGAUGAGGUCCAAGAAAUGCAGCUAAGAACCUUGACGUGUAACCUACCUCAGGAGCCUGGCAGUGCUAACCAGUUGAACGUGUCCCCUUUGGAGGCUGCAUCUGGGGGAGGGCCUUUUUCAGUCCUUCCCCCAACAAAAGAAAACAUGAAGCUCCUCACACUGCAACCGUUCCAGAAAGGCUUCAUCAUUCAGCCUGACAAUAGCAUUGUUGUCAAACCCAUUUCCGGAGAACUGGCAGACAUUCAGCAGAUCCUAAAGCUGGCAUCCUCAGCCAGCCCGCAGAUCAGCCUCCCACCACUUUCCAAGGCACCUCAUGUUUCUGUGCAGUCCAUCUUCAAACAUAUGCCUCCACUGAAGCCAAAGCCCUUGGUAGCACCUCGCACAGUUGUAGCAACAUCAACACCUCCUCCAUUGGUCAACACUCAACAAGCAUCACCUGGUUGCAUCAGUCCAAGCCUUCCUCUGGUGCCACCCAAACUAGUUAAGACCCCAGAAGAAUCGACUUCAAACUCUCACCUUCCUCACAGUCUGUCGGGAACCAUCUCCAGCUCUUCACCUCAGGCCAAGGCAGACCCCUUGAAUCAGCAUGAGAUGAAGACACAGCUGGAGCAAGAUAGUGUCCUAGACACACUUCUGCCUCCGACUGUGGAGGCAAGCAUUAAGCAAGAGGUAACAGAGCGAGACUACAAAGCCAUCAUCACUGGGACACCAGGCAAGAAAGCCCCUGCCACAAGAAAAGUCUUGUACCCAUGUCGCUUUUGUGACCAGGUCUUCCCUUUCUCCGGGGUCUUGAGGGCUCACACCCGCUCCCACUUGGGCAUCUCCCCCUAUCAGUGUAACAUCUGUGACUACAUUGCUGCCGACAAGGCGGCACUGAUCCGACACCUGAGGACGCACAGUGGGGAGAGGCCAUACAUCUGCAAAAUCUGCCAUUACCCUUUCACAGUGAAAGCAAACUGCGAGAGACACCUUCGCAAGAAGCACCUCAAGACAACCAGGAAGGACAUCGAGAAGAACAUAGACUACGUUGCCAGCAAUGCAGCGGAGAUGGUUGACGCCUUCUGUUCCCCAGGCACCGUGUGCACCUCCUGUGGGGAGGACCUCAAGCAUUACCGUGCCUUCCGCAUUCAUAUGAGGACGCAUAAUGGCUGCCAGAAGAAGAAGCCAUUUGAGUGCAAAGAGUGUGGCACGACCUUCUCGGCCAAGCGGAACUGCAUCCAUCAUAUCCUCAAGCAGCAUUUGCACAUUCAGGAGCGGGAAAUAGAGAACUAUGUGCUAGCAGUGGACUGCACCCCUCCGGAGAGCCAGCCAGGCCCUCUGCGAUUGGAAGACAGCACUUACACAGACUGCAAGCCUGUCACACAAUUCCUGGAAGCACAGAAUGGCUUCUUAAGGGCCGCUCCCUCUCAUGCAUCGAUCAAACUUGAAACUGCAAACAGCUUCCCUAUGGAUUUUGAUGAGCCGUUGGAUUUCUCACAAAAGAACAAAAACCUGAACUCUGUGCUGGUGAAACAGGAGAGCCAGUUUGGUUCUUCUCCCUAUGACAGUUCCAUGGAGCCCAUAGACUUGUCGAUCCCCAAAGUUUCAAAAAAGGACAGUGAUGAUGCCACAAGUGAGGAUAAGAAGCAAGAGCUUGAUGGGCAUGAUGACAAACUCCACAAUGGCCAGCAGUCUUCUCCAGCUAAUGGGAACCUGGAGAUCCAAGCUCUUAGACAUUCCCAGCCAUUGAAGGGUCCAUUGCAUUUGACUGUCCCAAUAAUUUCUCCAGCUCUUCUGGGGAACUCAGCCUUGCUGCGUCCCUUGAGGCCUAAGCCGCCCCCUCUCUUGCCAAAGCCUCCUGUCACGAAAGAGCUGCCGCCCCUCGCUUCCAUUGCCCAAAUCAUUUCGUCUGUCUCUUCUGCUCCCACUUUGCUCAAAACAGAAGUCACAGACUCUGUCCCCAAGGUGGCCAUCAGCAGCUCUGCAGGGUCUGAGAAGCCAGUGGGCUCCAAACCAAAAGCAGCCAUCUCGGCUGCUGCCCAUGCAGACCCUAGCAUUCCCAGUGACUUAACGCAACACCCGUGCAGUCCCAAAGGGCCCCAGAAGUCUGCUUCUGGAUCUAUGAAGAAAAGAGGCCGGAAGAAAGGAACAAAAAGCAAGGCGAAAGCAAGCAGUGGUGUGGACCUGGAGUCAAGUGGGGAGUUUGCCAGCAUAGAGAAGAUGCUUGCAACCACAGAUGCAAAUAAAUUUAGCACAUUUCUACAGUCGACAGAGGACUUCAAAGAAGCCACUGACCGAAAUGGCACCAGCGAGGAAGAGAGGGAAGUGGCUGAAGACAAAUUGAGAGGGAAGAGGAAUGCCUACUCAAACUGCAGUCAGAAGAUCAAGUGUCCUCAUUGUCCUAGGAUUUUUCCUUGGGCAAGUUCCUUUCAACGGCAUAUGCUUACUCACACAGGUCAGAAGCCCUUCCCCUGUCAAAAAUGUGAUGCCUUCUUUUCCACCAAAUCUAACUGUGAACGCCACCUCUUACGCAAACAUGGAGUUGCCAACUACUGUCUAAGAAGAAACGGGCUUAUCCCCCAGUCUAAAGAAAGUGAUGCUGCAGCUCAUGAUAGCACAGACAGUCAAUCUGAUCUGGAAAACACAAGUGGAGGAAGUGAAGCGCUUGACUUGACCUCUGGUGAGCGAGACCAGCAGGAGGAGGUAACUGACCUUCUAGAAGAGCCUGAGUGUGGCCCCAAAGAGAAGGAGAUGAUGGACUCAGCCCAGGGGGAUGAGGAUGCACAAGAAAAAUUAAGCGAAGAUGAGGAGGGGCCAGAAGAAGACUCUGUCAGCAAUAGAAGCCUUGACCUCAAUUUUGCUAGCAAAUUAAUGGACUUCAAGCUCACGGAGAAUGACCAGAGCACAGGCAGCAGUGCUCAGGCUGAAAAGAAACAUAGCUGUAACACCUGUGGCAAAUCCUUCAAGUUUGCUGGCACUCUUAGCCGGCACAAAAAGGCUCAUGUGUGCGAUGACAGGAGGGAUGAAAAGAGCAGUGAGGAGGAGACCAAAAGUGCUCAUCCUGGAACCCAAGCCCCUGUUCUUCAGGAGAAUCCUUCUCUUGAGCUGGAAGAGCCUGGAAAGGAUGUUAAGGUAGCGGAGUCUCCCAUGGACAGUGAGGCCACAGGAAGGGAAAAUGAGGAGAGCGAAAGCAUCUCCGAAGGGGAGAGUACAGAGAGAAAAUCUUCUGAGAAGAGCGAUGAUGACAGGAAGCCAAAGGCAGUUGGUGGGACUAAGAGUGAAUCCAAAGCGGAUAAGAGAAAGAAAGUCUGCUCGGAGUGCAACAAGCGCUUUUGGUCUCUGCAAGACUUGACAAGGCACAUGAGGUCCCAUACAGGGGAGCGGCCUUACAAAUGUCAAACCUGUGAACGGACCUUUACUCUGAAGCACAGUUUGGUUCGCCAUCAGCGUAUCCAUCAGAAGCUGAAGAGUACAAAGAACCACGAGAAGGAGAGUGACAGAGAAAACCCCCGCUCGAGAGGGGAGGAGGAUAGUGAAAACGAGUCUCUCCACAGCAGCACCAAUCCCGUCUCAGAAAACGAGUGCGACCCCCUUGCUGGGCUUGGAAGUCACUCGCCCGUCACCCGGAGCCGCAGGGAGAACCUGGCCAAUGCUGCAAAGGAUGCCCUUUGCAAGGAAGAGCAGCCAGCUGUUCGAACAGCUGGUCUUUGUCUUGCAGAACCCAGCAAGAAUGCACAGAAGCCAACGGCGAAAGAUCUGGAAUCUCGAGGGAAGGGCGAUCGAGGGAGCCCGUCAGGCUUUAUUCAGGACUUGCUGGAGAUUCACAACAAAAAAUCUUCCAUGAGUCACAUUCUGGCCUCUGCGGAGAGUGUGCCUCAGCUCUUGGAAGUUGAAUGAUUGCUCUGGCAUCAGCAGCUCCCCAGCAAACAGAUCCAGUGCACACAGAAGACGGUUGCUGGUGCAAACUGUUUUAAGAUGCUGAGUCGACAUGCAUUCGUGCUGCAGGAGUGGGCAGGGGUGGAUGGGGAGGGUGGCAGUUUCGGUUCAGUGCCAUAAGUCUUUCAGUAUAAAUAAUGCAAGAGACUACAGUUUUGAGUGCCUUACUACUUUAUUAGGUCUUUUGGUAUCAUAGAUUUUUUUUAAAAACAAAAAAGAUGAUUUUUUAAAAAAAUAUUUUAAUGAAGUUAUUUGGAGAGGACCUUUUUCCAUUUAAGCAUUAAUGUUACCUUUUGUAUUGGGGUGUGUGAGAUUGUUCUUGCAUAUCUGUGAUAUAGCCGCUUUUGUGUGUUCUCUGAGCUGGAAACAAGGGGUCAGUGGGGCAAGGAAGCCCUUGGAAACUGCAGCCAAUAACUGGAAAAAAUUAAGAAAUCCCCAACAGAAGAACUAAAAAUAGGGUGUUGAUUUAGGUUUUUGUUUGUUUGUUUGUUUGUUUUUGGUCUUUCUUGCUAGACUUUUUUUAUUUGCCACAUGGGGGAGAGUUGAACCAGUUCCAGGUUGAUUAAGGUUUCAAACUUGGUCCAAGCCAAAACCAAGAAAAACAAAAUUUUCAGCCUCAUUCACGUCUAUUCCCUGCUCUCCCCACAUUAGCAUCAAUCCUGUUCUAGCUACUGUUCUAUUGUUAAAGGCUCUUUCUGGCCAUUGUGGACUUAGGACUAUACAGAAAGAGUUGCAUAGCAACUUAAAAACCUAUGGAAAUAAUGUACCCACUGUUAUAUAUAUAUGUUUGAUUUGUGCUUCAGUAUAUUAUUGUUAUAAUAUUUUAUAAAUUUUGUCAGUUUGCUAACCUCUGCGUUCAGCAGAAACCAAUGGGCAAUAUUUGCCUACGGAAAUCUACAACGCAGCUUGGAUUGCCCGCUUAAAUGAUCCUGAUCUUAUGUCUCACCAACUCUCCCUGUUGGGUUUGCAUCUUUUCUCCUGUGUUACAUAGAGCCCUUUUCGUCUAAGUACAUUAUCAAAUGGAGACCAAUUAAAGCCCUGAUCACACAACCAGUCCAGGUAAACCAAACAGACAUAGGUUGUGUGCGUGUGUGAAGGUUGGAGGAGAAUGGGAUGUUAGCGGCAAGCUCCUCGGAUUCUCCACAUGUUUCGAAACUGUAUGGCUCUGUAUGCAUGGUCCGGGAUCUUGCACAAACCGGGGUCUCUGAUUGCAUGGACAAGUACAUGCAGGUUGCACAUGUUUUGUUCACACGGCCAAACUAGGCAAUGCAGGGCUUGCUGUGAUCCCAUUUCUCUCCCCUCCACUAUGUAUAUUCAGGUUGGUCGCAUCAGUGGAGCCUUGGUAGUUAUUAGAAAUGCACGGGGGAGCGGGGUCCAUCUCAGUGGUGACUGUUCAGUGUGAGUUAAUGAAAGAAAGAUGGACUGCAUGGAUUAAAGGCAAGCUGGCAUGCAGAAGAAUGUGAAGGGAAGAGGUUCCUCCCAGUUGCAUGUAGAAGGCACACAAAUACCAUGAAGUCAGUAUGGUUUGAAACUGCAAUAGUUGCAUUUUUUUUUUACUUUCUGAUUCAGUCUUCCAGAAAAUUUAAGAAAAGUUUAAAAUGUAAAGCCUUAAAUGUUCUUGCUACCUUAAUGUGCUUUAAAGCAAGACAGUAAAUACUACUGGGAAUAACAAAUAACAUAAAACAGAUUGACAGCAUAAACUUCUGGAGGUUUUCCUAAUGCUCAGCAAUGCUGGCAGAUGGGCGUGGACUACAUCCCCUUUUGCUAGCGUUAGGAGAUUUUUCCAAGUCUCCCAAAUUAGGGCUGCAAUCCACAGACCCGUUUCUGUUGGUGUGCUGCAGUGUAAGCUUUGUUUUCACCCCGAAGCAAAACCCAUCUAUUCUGAGCAAGAAACUUGCUUGCCUUUCAGUAGUGCUGCCUUCUCCUUAGACAUGUUUUAAAGAUGACUUUGUGAGCUCCUUGCAUCUACAUUUAAAGUUGGAAGUAUAGAUCUGCAAACAGCUGAGGAUAUGACUGUGGGUCACAUGCCCACCAUUAGGUGCUAGUGCCUGACACAGACUUUGCAAGCAUGUUUCAUGAGUGCUAGUGGCUCUGUGAGAUUUGCUCUAAGAUGAUGUCAGUUUGUAACUUCAGGUUGUUGUUUCUGAUUCUGCAUUUUUUGAGCUGGAGGAGGUGGGGAGAGAAUGUUGAAAUCAUCUCCCAGUUACAUGGGCUGUGUUCUCUGUGCUUAGAUGAGUUGCUUUCUCCUCAGGAAGAAUGUAGGAUUUCGAAGCAGGUAGUGCAACUCUGUGCAUCCACUUCCCCUUCUCACUAUUAGCAAGCACCUGUGGGUUCCGCCAGACCACAUCCCUUGCCUGCCAUUGGCCUUCGGCUGACUUCACUCAAAAAUUCUCAUGCAGAUUGGCUUGUGAGUCAGGCGAGCACUCUACCACUGCAACUUAAUAGAUGUGGGUUUUGCAGAUGCUUUACUCCCCCCCCCCAUUCUGUGUCUUGCCCCUUAGGGCAAGCGUCAGCACAGUAUUUCCAGAGGCUCACUGCUCUUCCUCUCCUUUGGCCCCUUUUUGUUCACACUGUUUUCCUUUCAUGCCUUCAAGCUCAGUACCUCAAAUGAUGCUUCUGCACAAGCAACAUUGAUAGCUUACGUGGGAGUAAGAUACUACACCAGCCUUUCCCAGGCUGGUGCCCUCCAGGUUCAACUCCCAGAAUUUGUGACCAAGCUAUGCUAGCUUGGGGCUGUUGGGAACUUGAAGCACCAAUCACCUGGAGGGUACCAGGUUACGGUGGGAUGUAAUACACUCUACUGUGCGCUUUUGCAAAAUGGGAAAAAAGGAGCAUUACACUGAUCUAUUUAUCCACUACUUCCUAGAGGUUCAAAUCAGACUGCACAGGAAGAGGAGGUGGGAGAUCAUCAUUCUGGAGUUGAUAAUUUCCUAUAGAAUGAGAAGAGUGGAGCAGGGAAUGGUGAGGUAUAGAUCUGUUUUUUUGGGGGUUUUUUGGGUUGAGGAUAUAUUUUACAAGGAACAGUUUUGAAAUCAUUCCUCCAGAUUAAUGAAAAAUAAGUACCAAUGAUUCCUUUAAAAAUCUUCUGUUAAUGAGUCUUCAUCAAAGCCAAGUUAUGCAUCCCUUAAUUUUUAUUGUUAUUAUAUUAUUAUAAUUAUUAUUAUUAUUUGGGGGUAUUUUUGUUCUUGAGAUUUUUUUUUUUUUUUGGCCUUUUGCAGCUCUCCACACUAAACUGCGCGAUACUGUGCGGGAGAAGCCAUUAACUAAACCAGGACUGUCCAGACUGCCCCACUCCAAGCCUGGGUGGGCCGCGCUGCAGAGCUCCUUGUCCACUUAACAGGCUGCAAUACAUCACCUCUGGCUUGGGGCAGGGGGCAGAACUUGACAGCCCUGAACUAACUAAACUUUAUGCUGCAGGAAUAAUGUAGCAAAUAAUUUCCCAGCACCCUGCCGGGACAUCUGCUAGCAAUAAUCAUUAUUGAUUUAAAGCUUUAUUUAGCCUUUAUCUAUAUCCUAGUAGAUUAUAAAAUCUUGCCACAUUUUACUUAAGUUUUAAUUAGUUGCAUUUGAUGGAGGAAGGAACCCCCUGGUUUCCCACCCUUUGUUGCUCCCUCCCUCCUCCUCGCAUCUGCAGACUGCCCCCUCCCCAUGUUAAACUGUGAAAUGUAUAAUGUGUUUAAAGUAUGGGUGAAUCUUAGGCUUAGUUUUGCAUGUUCAGCUAAUUUGUUUCUCUAAAUUUUUUUCAUUUUUUUUCUUUUUCUCUCAGGGCUUUAAAAAAAAUUGUAUUUUCCUGAAAUUCUCUUGUUGGGUUUGCAAUGGAGCUAAUAGUGAGAUUUCAAUCACUACAACAAGCACUUGACUGUGAAAGCAUAAAAAAGGAAGCCAGAUUAAAGCUAGAAUUGAUGUUUGCAGCUAUAGUGGCACAGCCGACCAGGAGCUAGCUCUGUUGAUGGUUUAAUUCCAGUUUUAGAUUCCCCCCGCCCUCUGUCCCCAGUCACCUUCUACUGCCUCAGUUCUUACAUCACUCUGUAGUGGGUGCUGGAGUUACUUCCAUGUUCCGUGACAAGUCUCCUUGCUACAUGAACGCCUCCCCUCUACACACACAUUGGUUGGAUUGCGGAACUGGUGUUCAGUUCAGGAGGAUGAUACAAGGUCCUUGAACCCUCAAAGCAAUUCCCAGGUUGAAAGACCUGGAAAGGCAAUAAGUGAUAUACACUUCUGUGAUGUAAUAAUUCUUGCCUCCGUUUCUUUCAGCCCUCGCUAUCCCCCAAAUAGGUUUAAAGAGCCAAAGCCUCCAUUGUAGGUUCUCCUCUCACACCCUCCUGGGGUUACUCUAGUCUUGCUGGUGGAAGGUUUUGGUGUGGGGGAGAAGGCUUGAUGUCUUUCCACCACUUUCUCCACUCACGAAAGUUUUUGGUUCCAAAACUUUCAGCCCCUUCAAGGAAACAAUUAGUGUGUAGAAUUCAUAGAUAUAUAUAUUAUAUAUAUAUAUAUAUAUAUAAAUAUAUUAAUUAUUUUUUCGAAAGGGAACUUUUAAAAACUGCUGCUACAAGUUGUGUACAAGACUGGUUUAUGCCACAUGAACAGAGAAUCACACAUUUUGUUUGGGUACUUCUAUUCCUCUUCUUAUUCAGUUGUAUGUUAACUUCCAAAUUCAAGGUGAUGAAAAUAAUGCUGUUCUGUAUCAAACAAUCUACGCAAUAAAAUGUUAUAUUUAAAAAUUUCAA